AACAAUCCACCACAAACUAGCUUUUAAUCAAAAGUGUUAGUUCAUAACUUCAUACAUUUACAGUGCUCUAAAGUGGUGAAUAAGAUGGCUUUUCUCCCCCUUCUAAUGCUCUUACUCCUUGCUGCUUCCUCUGGAACAACAUCGGCUCGUGAGUUUAAUGUAAAGCCAUCUCACUCUAGACCAUCUCCUAGCACACCACCGAGUCUUUCUGAUUUUACACCAAGCGAUGUAAAGCCAUCUCACUCUGGACCAUCUCCUGGCACACCACCGAGUCUUUCAGAUUUUACAUCAACUAUUGAUGUCAAGCCAUCUCACUCUGGACCAUCUCCGGGAACACCACCGAGUCUUUCAGAUUUUACAGCAACUACCGAUGUAAAGCCAUCUCACUCCGGACCAUCUCCCGGCACACCACCGAGUCUUUCAGAUUUUACAGCAACUGCCGAUGUAAAGCCAUCUCACUCCGGACCAUCUCCCGGCACACCACCGAGUCUUUCAGAUUUUACAGCAACUACCGAUGUAAAGCCAUCUCACUCCGGACCAUCUCCCGGCACACCUCCGAGUCUUUCAGAUUUUACAGCAACUACCGAUGUAAAGCCAUCUCACUCCGGACCAUCUCCCGGCACACCUCCGAGUCUUUCAGAUUUUACAGCAACUGCCGAUGUAAAGCCAUCUCACUCCGGACCAUCUCCCGGCACACCUCCGAGUCUUUCAGAUUUUACAGCAACUGCCGAUGUAAAGCCAUCUCACUCCGGACCAUCUCCCGGCACACCACCGAGUCUUUCAGAUUUUACAGCAACUGCCGAUGUAAAGCCAUCUCACUCCGGACCAUCUCCCGGCACACCACCGAGUCUUUCAGAUUUUACAGCAACUACCGAUGUAAAGCCAUCUCACUCCGGACCAUCUCCCGGCACACCACCGAGUCUUUCAGAUUUUACAGCAACUACCGAUGUAAAGCCAUCUCACUCCGGACCAUCUCCCGGCACACCACCGAGUCUUUCAAAUUUUACAGUAACUACCAAUGUAAAGCCAUCUCACUCUGGACCAUCUCCUGGCAUGCCACCAAGUCUUUCAGAUUUUACUGUAACUACCAGUGUAAAACCAUCUCACUCUGGACCUUAUCCUGGCACGCCGCCAAAUCUUUCAGAUUUACACCGAAGUGAUUGAGUGUUAACUAAUGGUUGAGAUAAGGGCAUUUUAAUACUUGCCUUUUUGUUGU